AUGCUCGUGGCGCUGACGUGGGCGGCUCUGGCGGCCAGCUGCGGCGCGUCCUCGCAGAUUUUUUUCGGCUCCGUGACCGAACUGGUGCGCCGCUCCAGUGAGUGUGUUUUGUCCGACGGCCGCCAGGGGCGCUGCAUGUACCCGAGCUCGUGUGAGGCGCUCUCGGGUCCGCAGCUGCCCGACUGUGUGAAGCCGUGCGCCAUGGUGCAGCAUGAGCUGAAGGUCUGCUGUCCGACGGAGGCCACCAGCAGCGGAGACACAACCAUCAGGACCUGCGGCCGGCCCGGCACCCCGCCCACUCUGGCUCGCAACAUCGCCUUCGGCCGGCGCUCGGCGCCCGGGCGGUGGCCGUGGAUGGCGCUGCUCGGCUGGCGCGAGUCGACCGGCUCCGGUCGGCACCGCUGGCGCUGCGGCGGCGCCCUCAUCAGCCAGCGCCACGUGCUGACGGCGGCGCACUGCGUGGAGCGCGCCGGCGCUCCGCUCACAGUGCGCCUGGGCGAGCACGACCUGACCGAGACGGCCGACGGCCGGCACCAGGACGUGCUGGUGGCGCACGCUGCCGUGCCGGCCGGCCGGCGCGGCCACCAACAAGACCUGGCGCUGCUGACUCUGGCCGAGCCGGCGCGGCUCUCGGCGCACGUGCAGCCCGUCUGCCUGCCGUCGUCGGCGGCCGACGACCCAGCCGUCGGAGACGAUGUGGUGGUGGCCGGCUGGGGCCGCGUGCAGUACUCCGAGCCGCGGUCGGACCACCUGCGCGAAGCAGUGCAGCAGGUGCGGCCCACCGGCGAGUGCGAGCGCGCCUACCGCCGCGUGCCCGGCUUCGAGGACAACUAUCCGGGGGGCCUGGGCUCGCGGCUGAUCUGCGCGCUCGACACCACGGCCGGCCACCAAGACUCGUGCCGGGGCGACUCGGGCGGCCCGCUGGUGGCGCGCGCGACCGACGGCACCUACACGGCUGUCGGCGUCGUGUCUCUCGGCAUGGGCUGCGGCAACCCGGCCUUCGGCAGUCUCUACACCCGCGUCUCCAGCUACCUGGAUUGGAUAGAACGGCAGAUGGCGCGACCGCAAGGUGCCCAUGGAAAUACAACGGUCACAGUCGUAGCCAAGUAG